AUGGCGAUUCAAUUUGCUCAUCAACUCAAUGGAUUAGUUCAACAAACAAUCGAAGUAGCUCCAAAUCUCAUGUUUUUUGGUUUUGUUGUCGACCAACGCACACAAUUUGCCCAGUUCUUUUCAACAUCGAAAUUCAGUAUUUUGCUGAACAAGGAAUUGCUUCAGAAUUUGGUGAUGAUAUCUCUUUCCAAUACUAUUGAACCUUCUACUAUACCAGAAGCUACCGCUUGUUAUCGAAAAGGUUCUUUUCCUCUUUCAACGUCUUUUGAAGAACCUAAAGAAACUAUUCUCCCAACUCCUACACCUCAACAACUCCACGACACCCUUCAGAAACAAAUUUUCGAAAAGUCAAGUCCUUCCUCGGACAGACAACAAUUCAACUCUUUCCCUCAAACUCCUCACCAAGUCACUCCUAUGUUCAUGGAAGGAUCGGAACUAUUUAAAGAACGAAUACAAUCAAUGCCUCAACCUAUGACUAAUGCAAGACUCGGCGAACCUAGAAAGAAACGGUGUACAACACCAAAUAGAAUGGUCAGUUAUCAAUCCGUUAAAGAAACUAUUGACGACUCAACUAAACUAAAGAUCAUGUCCGCAAUAUCUCCCGAAGCUUUUAUAUGA